GAAAAAAUCUGUGACUCACCAAUGCGACAAUAAAGGAGUGUCACCGGAGCUCUCUCCUCUUCCGGCUUCCGCCGUGUCUCUCUGUUUCGAGCUCUCCACCGUCGCAAGUAAUAAUCAAUUGAACACGGACAAACGGCAGAGUCGGAUUUUUAAAUUUUGCAUCUCCUUCUAAAAUUUUCCACAAAUUUCAGCAAAUUGAAUUGAAGAGGUAGAGAAGAAAUGGUUGUGUUUUACAAUUCGCUCAAGAAUUUAUGCAUACUGCGAAAUUCGCCUCCGCAGCUGUUCCGGUUGCAGAAUGUUCGAACGCUGCUGCUGCAGUCUGCUUCCGAGUCCGUCAAGUUGCUGCAACACACCGAUUCUGACGCCGGAAUUUCAGAAGUCAAACUGGAAAGGCCUGAGACGAAAAAUGCUAUUGGAAAUGACAUGCUGAGGGGGUUACAGCAUGCAUUUGAAGCUGUUAAUAUGGAUCAUACAUCAAAAGUUCUGUUGAUCAGCAGCUCAGUUCCAAAAGUGUUCUGUGCAGGUGCUGAUUUGAAGGAAAGGAAGGCAAUGACUCCAUCAGAAGUCCAGAAUUAUGUUCGCUCACUACGCUCCACAUUUGCUUAUCUGGAGGCACUUCAUAUCCCUACAAUCGCUGUCAUUGAAGGUGCUGCAUUAGGUGGUGGACUUGAAAUGGCACUAUCUUGUGAUCUACGAAUAUGUGGGGAAGAUGCGGUGCUAGGAUUGCCAGAAACUGGGCUUGCCAUUAUUCCGGGGGCCGGAGGGACACAAAGGCUUCCAAGAUUGGUUGGAAAAUCUAGAGCAAAGGAACUUAUAUUUACCGGCAGGAGAAUAGCGGGCAGGGAUGCCUUGUCCUUGGGGCUCAUCAAUCACUGUGUACCAGGUAGUAAGGUCCGUGACAAAGCUCUUGAAGUUGCUCGGGAUAUAAAUCAAAAGGGACCAUUGGCAAUCCGAAUGGCGAAAAAGGCGAUUGACGGGGGAAUGGAGGUUGAUAUGAGUUCGGGAUUGAGUUUGGAGGAAGAGUGCUACGAGCAAUUGCUGCACACGAAAGAUCGGCUGGAAGGGUUGGCAGCGUUUGCGGAGAGACGAAAGCCUAAUUAUAGAGGUGAAUGAGAGAGCAUUUUAAUGAAAUUUGAAGAUUACUUACUAUGUAUUUUAUUUGGGAAUUUCAUUCUAUGGGUGAUUUUCUAAAAGGUUCCAAUAAAGUAUUCUAUCAAAUUCUACUAUUAGAAUUUCA